AUGCCCACAACAACCAAAACCAUUCGCGCGGACCACAAGAAGUGGAAGUGCAACAACAAUGUUAAUGGUAAGCCUUGCGGCACGAUAAACAACAUUAGCGAUGUCAUGUGCAGCGAUUGUGAUGUUUGUCGCAAGGCCGAUACUGAAGCCUUGGCGGCGGAUGGAUCUACGAUCGGAAAGAUGUACAGGUUGAAUGACGACUUGAGUGAAGAUUGGGAGUACUUUAGCCCCCAGCCGCUUAAAUCAAGAACAUCUCAGCCUGGCACCAUGGGCGGCCUAGGCCAACAGCCAGAUCUGCUGCCUCGCUCUGAGCACGAAGAUAAGCCCUCGUCAGCGUCAUCCCCAAACUCACGACUCAACAGGGACAAGAUCAAGUGUCUCGACGGUCUGCGAGGUAUCGCCUGUUUACUGGUAUUCAACUAUCAUUUUUUCUGGCCAUGGACGCCUGUUAUUAUGCUCGGUUAUGGCGCAUUUCCACCACGUGCGCCUGAACCGUACUGGGGCUGGCAAUCGCUUCCAAUCAUCUGUCUUUUGCAUCGCGGUCGUGCUAUGGUCGCUAUUUUCUUCGCCAUCUCUGGUUAUGUCAUUUGCCGCCAUAUUUUACGCCUCAUUCAUGAGCGCAAGCUUGAUUCCGCUUAUCAGAAGCUUGCGUCUUCGGUCUUCAGACGCAUCUUUCGCCUUUACAUUCCCCCCACUAUCAGCAUGUUCCUGGUGGCUGUGCUAGCUCAGGUUGGUGUCUUCAAAUCCGAGUUCUCCAUUUACAAGGGUCCCGACUCGCACUACAUCAACGCGACUAUCACUCACGCCGAUCUGGCCCGGAGCAACAUUUGUGUCAAUGGCACCGCUGUAAAAGGCGCAGCAGGUAUCGCCAACUAUCUUGGUAUCGAAACAACCGCAUACCUCCGCAACACUACCGGAUACCCGCUGGGGAACACCACUGAGUGGACUGACCAGCUUCUUUGUGUUAACCACACAACAAGAUCUUAUGGACCGUCCCAGCUCUACACCUUGGAAUCCGAGUAUGAGGCGCAAUUCCCCAGCAAUGACACCAACAGUACCGAGACCAUCAAGCCCGCUAAGCACAUGUCCGCCAUGGAACGACUUGCUUCACUCAGCUAUUAUGACGACGACGACUUGGACUUGUCUCUCAAUGCCACCAAUGCCACCAACCCUCUCAACCUUACGUGGGUUCAGAUGGGAGGCUCUUGGGAAGAGCACCCAUUCAUCCACCCCAACCUGACAUACGCCAUGAAGAAUUUUACUCGAUCUUACGCCGAAUGGGCUAACCCAUUCAACUUUGGCCAUUACCAUACUCGUUACGAUCCCCACACUUUCACCAUCCCAAUGGAAUUCCGUGGAUCCAUGGUCAUCUACAUCUUCCUUCUCGGCACCGCCUUUAUGAAGGCCAAGUGGCGCGGGAGGAUUGGCAGCUUCCUCUCUGUCUACAGCUUGAUCAUCGGAAGAUGGGACAUGGCUACGUUCAUGGGCGGCAUGCUGCUUUCGGAGCGUGAUAUUCGACGAUCAUCCGAUCUCCCACCUUCGGCUGCUGGGGAAAAAGGACGCGGAAGAGACUUCCAACGAACGACCAGAGGAACGGCGCUGAGAUGGGCUGGUAUUGUCUUGGCGCUUUACUUCCUUUCAUACCCCGAUUCCGGUGCUGAAUAUACCCCCGGUUUUGCAUAUCUUUCGACCUGGGUACCGAGGUACUACCACCCGCUCUCCGGGUGGAUGUUUUACCAGGCUCAGGGUGCGGUUCUCCUCGUCGCCUGCAUAUUGCGCAGUCCAUUUCUUGUUCGCUUGCUCGAGAGUCGCUUCCCACAGUACCUGGGCAAGGUCAGCUUCUCUCUGUAUCUCGUGCAUGGACCUGUACUACACAGUCUCGGAUUCUGGAUCAUGCCCCGGCUAUUCGAUAGCUUUGGAAAGAUGGGCGGCUACGCAAUCGGCUGGGUCAUUCUCAUGGCUGUCACCUUUUAUCUGACAAACUUGUGGAACAACAGGGUUGAUGUGUGGAGUGUGUCAGUUGGAAGGAGGGUUGAGAAGAGGCUCGCAGAGGACUGA